UGACGACGGCGAAAUUCGUAAUGCCGAUGAAUGCAUGAGGGUCGCCGAACUGAAAACUCCAAGUAUUUAAGGGCCUUGGUUCCUUCACUACCGAGCAGUUUGUAGGAACACUUAAAGCAGAGAGAAAAGAGUCUCUGAACGGAUUAUAGCCAUGGAUAUUAAAAAGUGCGGUCUGGGUGCGAAUGUCCCAACCUUCUAUGACCCAUCUGACAUCGAGUCCAUCCGUGCCUCUGUCUUCAAUAAUGGUAUAGCAUUUGUGGAGGGGUGUGAGGAAGAGGCCUUGGUAGGUCUUGCUCGCCAACUGGGACAAAUCGUGAGACCGCGAAAUGAGGAAACACCCGGCAGUGGUGUAAGUCGAAUUCGAUUUGCAUCAGACUUGGUGGGAAAGGGAUACAGCUCUGAAGAGCUAUUCUUCCAUACCGAUCGCAGCGGAUGGGACGAACCCCCGCGCAUUUUGAUGUCAACUCUCCGCUCCCAAUCAGAAUCCGGGGGCGAGUCAUUGCUGGUUGACGGCCAGAAUGUACUCAACGCUCUCAGGCAACAUGAUGAGGAUCUGUACAACCUGUUCACUAAUUCAAAGCAUACCAGCUUCCGUGCCGAUGAUGGAACGUUCGUGCCACGGGCCAUGGUCGACAGAGAGACGGGAAUCUUUCGUUUCCGGUUCGAUGACGGCAUCCAGAUGUCGGCAUCUAUGGUUGUUGGCUUCGCCAAGCUGCAGGAUAUCAUCUAUCAGCAUGCCUAUCUUGUGUCCCUGCGACCCGGUCAGGGUUAUGUGCUAGAUAACCACCGGUACCUGCAUGGGCGAGCCUCCUUCACUGGUUCACGGGAGUUGUUACGAGUCCUUGUCAGGCCCUCCUCCCCACCUAGUGAGAAGGUAAUUUUGUUUGACAUUGACGGCACACUCUGUCGGUCAGAGGCACUCAGCAUUGAUGCAUAUUAUUCCUGUGUGAGUGACAUCGUGGGAAAGGACAUCAAUCAUGCAAAUACCCCGGUCAACUUGCACGGACGAACCGAUCUUGGCCUACUGCAUGACAUCCUGGAUUAUCACCAGGUAGCCAGGAAGGAUCGGGUAGUAGAGGAAUUCCUCAAACUCCACCCACAGUAUCUGGAGCGUUCUUUGUCCAAGGGUCUUCCAUCGGUGAUAUGCCCCGGCGCACAGGAAUUGCUCAGCUGGUUGAUUAGGGAAAAUGAGAGCUCCAGGCAAUCGAAGUUCCAGUUGGGCCUGAUCACUGGCAAUUCUCGUCCAAAUGCCUUGCUGAAACUCCGUGGGGCGGGAAUUGACACCAGUAUAUUCGACCUUGACAUCUCUUCAUUUGGGGACAGCCACCAUAAUCGACUAUCAUUGUUUCAAGAUGCCUUCUCCAAAUUGCAGGUCCGCUUUGGCUCUCAUAUACGCGCAAAAGAUGUUCUAGUUGUUGGAGACACGCCCCUCGAUGUGGAAUGUGCGAAGCAAGCUGGUUGCUCAGUCGUGGCCGUUGCGACAGGGAACUAUAAGAUGGAGGAGCUGGCUUCGCUGAAGCCUAAUGUUUGCUGCGGUCAGCUGACUGAAACGAAGGAGUACCUCCUGCAGGCGGCCUUCUAGAUGCUACUGCCAUUGAGUUAAUGAUGUUCUAUCAGACGCACGUUAUGGAAUGGUCACACACUUUGUAUCGCAGGUGAUCAGAAAAGAAUAUUGUAGAUCAAGGUAGAAAGAAGC